UGCAUCCCCUGCCCAGACAUCCCCAGACAGCAGGGUUUGUGGUUGCAGGAGGCCGUUGUGUUUGAGGACGUGGCCGUGUACUUCACAAGGAUAGAGUGGAGUUGCCUCGCCCCCGACCAACGGGCGCUAUGCAGGGAUGUGAUGCUGGAGAACUACGGACACGUGGCCUCGCUAGGCUUUCUUGUUGCUAAACCAGCACUGAUCUCCCUCUUGGAGCAAGGGGAGGAGCCAGGGGCUUUAAUUCUGCAGGUGACUCAGGAGCAGGUGUCUGCAGCCAGCAUGUGCCCAGAUUCUAGGAUGGAGGCUGUGGUCAAGGGAUCUUCUCUAAGGACAGUGUCUUCUAAGCAGUUAGGGUUAUUGGGCACAGUUUGGGGGCACCUCCCUAAGGGGAGGCCGAAGCAUCCCCAGCGGAGUGGCAGUCCUGAGGGUGGGUCAGAGAGACGACCCCUCGAUCGAGGCAGGCGGCCCCAGCGGGGACCUUCGACCAUCUCCCAUAGCCCCGGUGGAGGGAGGGUGGGUCCCCGGCCGGUGGCUGCUGCAGGGGAGAGGGCAUAUGGCUGUGUCUGCGGCAAGGCCUUCAAGUUCAAGUCGCUGCUGCUCCGGCGCCAGGUCAUCCACACCGGGGCUAAGCCCCACCAGUGCACCAAGUGCGGCAAGGCCUUCAAGCAGAGCUCCAUCCUUCUGCGACACCAGCUGAUCCACGCGGAGGAGAAGCCCUUCCAGUGCAGCGAGUGCGGCAAGGCCUUCCGGCAGAGCGCGCAACUCGCGGCCCACCGCAGGGUCCACGUGCGGGGCCAGCCUUACGAGUGCGGCGAGCGCGGGAAGGCCUUCGGCCCCAGCGCGCGGCUCCAGCAGCAGCAGAAGUUCCACACCAGGGAAAAGCCAUACGAGUGCGGGAGGGCCUUCUGCCGCAGGUUCGCGCUCACGGAGCACGGCCGCCUGCACAGCGGGGAGAGGCCUUACCCAUGCUUGCAGUGCUGCCAGCGCUUCGUGCGGGGGUCCUCGCUGCUCAAGCACCACCGCCUGCACGCGCGGGAGGGCCCCCGUGAAGACGCGGCCGCCCAAGCCCCCUGCUCUGGUGCCACGCAGAAGCCGGCCACGGGCGCCGGGCUCCACCUGUGCGCCGUGUGCUGCAGGUCCUUCCGGCAGUCCCCGCUGCUGCUGCACCGGCGGCUGCACACGGGCGAGAAGCCGUUCGAGUGGGACUGCGGCAAGGCCUUCAGCCAGAAGUCCAGCCUGACGCCGCACCAGAAACACAGCCGGGAGAGGCCGUUCACCUGCGGCGAGUGCGCCAAGGCCUUCUGCAGGAGCUACGUGCUGAGCGAGCACUACCGGCUGCACAGCGAAGACAGGCCGUGCAGGGGCCGGGCCUGUGGCUGGCGAUGCGCCCUCGUCCCGCGCCCCGAAGUCCGUGGCCCAGACUGCGCCCCGGCCGGCGCUGAGGCCAGACGGGCUCCCCGCUGGGCUUCCCAGGCAGUUGAUGUGCCCACUCCCUCAGUCACCGUACCCCACGGCUUCAUCCAUCCAGGAAGUCCUCGUGCAUGGUGCCCACCGGUGUAUGAUGAUGAAGAAGAAAGCACGGCCCUGACUUCAUGGGACACACAGACCGUGUCCUCCACCUCUCAGGAGUGGAUGAAAAGGGGGACGCCCUGCGCCCUGGGUGACCGCCUACACCGCGGCCGCUGCGGGAGCGAGCUUCCCCGCCGGUGGGGCCCUCGGCGCACACGGAGCCGCGCUCGGGCCUCUCCCCGGCCCGUCCGCGGGGCCGGGUCAGCAGGGACUCCGGCCGAAGGCCUUCCCACGGCCGCGCCCGCCAAGGACCGCUUCCCCGGAGCGUGUGGCCGUGCUGGGCCCGCCGGGAGCCGGCCCGGAGGCCGGGCCGCCCUCCUGCACCGGAAACCCUCGGCUCGGCUGGGGGCUGGGGGGCGCGGGGCUCGCGGGCGGCGGUGGUGCGCACGCGCUCUAGUGCCCGUGGGGGCCGCCCUGGUGCGCGCGGAGGCUCGGGACGCCCGGCGGCGUCUCCCCGUUGCAGCCCGCAGCCCCUUCCUCGCAGAUCAGACCCCCCAGGGCCGCGCGGCUCGCCGGCACCGGAGCCGGCCCUUGGCAGACGUGCUGCCCCGCGCGGGGCCCUCAGCACCUCCCGGCAUCUGGCUUCUUCAGGCGCGCACGCCCGCCGGUUCUCCGUACCUGCAACGGACAUCCAAGAGCGAUGAAAUGAAAGUGCACCUGGCUGCCCGCUGGGGAGAGGCGCUCGGCCCUCACAGGAAGGACUUACCGCUCACGAAAUCCAGUUCCCAUGCCAUGGACAGCUCUCGAGACCCAGCGUCCCCGUCCCUGUCCCUGCAGGCACUGCCCCGCCCACUGCAGCUACCCUGCCUGGGUGACAUGGUUUUGCUGUCAGCCACGCCGCCCUCUUCUCAGGCUCCCCGACACCCACUUGAGAAGAGCCUCCAAGGCCAUAUGAGCAGAUCCCCCACUAAGCCAACCAUGGCUCCGUGGGCCAAACACCACACCGUUGUUGGGAAACCAGAGGCCGAGCUGCUCUCGGCCGGGCCAUACCCCGACCACACCACAGCCCCUGAGGCGGACAGUGAGAGCGAGGCCAUGUGUCUCCUCAUCCAGCAGGCAGGAUACAAGGCGCAGGUGCUGUAA